AAAGUGAUUAAGAUUGUCAAAAGUAUCGAUAAGGUAGGUAUUUGGUAAUUUGAGAUUUUCAUCUCGCCAGAAAUCUUUCAUUCUAGAUCGAUAAAACAGAUAAAGAAUAGAGUAUUGGAGCUCUUUUAGUUUGUGUAAGACUUUCAGCACGGCAGUUAGCGAAGGUAUCGAGCACUUGGAUAUCGUACAUUAUUAGUAAUUUUACGGACAAUAAUAAAGUAACAAAAUUUAAAAACACAAUGCUUGAAAAGGCGAUGAGAGAUCAUACACCAUUAGAUGUUGUUCAAAAUGCUAUGGGCGUUAUGGGCCCAUGGCACAUCGUCAUUGCUGUAGCACUUUCUCUAGUAAAAUUUCCUGUAGCUUGGCAUCAACUUUCAAUUAUAUUUCUCGCACCACCGACCAAUUUUUCAUGUGCUGCACCAACAUCAAUGACUAAUGAAUCUACAAUAAUGAAAUGUUAUAUAGAUGUAGGAAAUGGUACUAUGGAAAAAUGUACAAGUUUCAAAUAUGACAAGCGUAUAUUUAAGGAUAGCAUUAUAACUCGCUGGGACUUGGUCUGUGACCGUGAACAAUUAGCAAACUUUUUACAAUCUUGUAUAAUGUUUGGAGUUCUUGUUGGUAACUUAGUCUUCAGUAUAAUGGCUGAUAGAAUUGGCAGAAAGAAACCCUUGAUGAUUGCAAUAGGAUUGCAAUCAAUAACUGGAAUUAUAAGUGCAAUUGUUCCAUGGUAUGAAUUAUUUGUAAUAUUCAAAUUUAUUUCUGCUGUAGCUACAGGUGGUACUAUGCUUGUUAGCUUUGUUUUACUUAUGGAGAUUGUAGGAGUAGAAUGGAGAUCAACUAUGUCGGUUCUUUUCCAUGUGCCAUUUUUACUUGGUCACCUAAUGAAUCCUUUAAUUUCAUAUUUAACACGUACAUGGGAUGGUUUUCAAAUGGCAGUUUCUAUACCAUCAAUAUUUUUAUUGUCAUACUACUGGAUUAUACCUGAAUCACCAAGAUGGUUACUUGCUGUUGGUAAAUUAUCAAAAGCAGAACAAAUUUUAAUGAAAGCAGCUGGCAGAAAUAAAAUACCGGUAGAAAAUGUUAAAAUAGCAAUUGAAACAUAUGAAAGUAAUAGAGAAAUUCGUCACAAACAAGAUAAGGAGAAAUACAAUAUUACACAUUUGUUUAGAACGCCAAAUCUAAGAUUAAAAACUAUUUGUAUAUGUAUUAAUUGGUUUGUUUGCGGUAGCUGUUUCUUUGGAUUAGCACAGUACAUGGGUUACAUUGAUGGUGAUAUCUUUGUGAAUGUUGCUAUAUCAGCUGCUGUUGAAGUACCUGGCACUAUAGCAGUUUUACUUUUGAUAUCCCGUGUAUCGCGAUUAAAAAUUUUAAUGGGUGGUAAUCUAUUAUCUGCUUUAAGUUUACUUUCACUGACUGUGAUAACAAAUUCGGAUUUUACAGUAUUUUUAGCUACAUUAGGACUUGCAGGAAUGUCAUUUAGUUUUCCCACAAUAUAUUUAUAUAGCAGUGAAGCAUUUCCAACUGUAGUUAGAAACGCUGGAGUAGGUUUAGGAAGUGUUUGUGCUAGAAUUGGAAGUAUGAUUGCGCCCUAUAUUGCGACUAUGGGAAAGAUUGAACCUUGGUUACCACCAGUAAUAUUUGGGGUAGGACCUUUACUUGGUGCUCUAUUAUGCUUUUUUUUACCAGAAACAAUGAAUUGUGAAUUACCCGAAACCAUUGAGGAUGGAGAAAAUUUUGGAAAAAAACAAACUAAAAGAAGUAGAACAAAGUAAUAUAUUUAUCAAACAGGAAGAAAAUAAUAUCGUGCUCAAAUUGCUCAACUUUUUCAACGAAACUAUAAUACUUUUUAAUUCACAUUUUUUUGUACUGUUAUACAUAUAUUUUAAUAAAUAAAAUCCUUAUAAAUAUAA